AUGCCACCAAAAACUAGGUCCCACGUGCCCACUUCCAAGAAGGUCAAGGUCAUCCUCAACACCAAGUCCCGCCCAAGAUUCAUGCGCAAGCUACCCCUUGAGUUGCGCGAAAUGAUUUAUAAGCAUCUAAUAGAUCCUCGUACUAUCGAAGUCGACUUCCUCUCCGAAACCCAAGCCGAAGCCCGCAUCCAAGCCAUGCAAAUUUCCAAGUCCAACGCCACCAAGUCUGCCAACAACAACGCUACCACAAUCCACUCAAAGUAUGCCGACUUCGAUAAUAGCUCUGAGGACUCUUCCGAUGACGACUACAAGAAAGAAAAGAAAUCUUCUCCAAAAGUCGAACGUUUCCAGUUUGUUAAUACCUCUGAAAAUCAGCUAGUUCUCCAUGCAGUCAACCGAGAAACUCGUCAUUUCGCCAUGAAACGAUAUACUCACAUCUUCAAGACAGCCUCAUCCCCAGGUUUGCUGUUCAACUUUAAGUUGGACUAUCUUUCCUUCACAGGUCAAAUGAAUACCAGUCACAAUGAGAUGAGAUACCGAUUCGUUGACCGAAAGGGCUUUCAAGAGGACAUUGCCCGUGUCGAAAAUCUGGUCUAUGUCUUCUCUCGUCAUUACAAGGAGCUACAAAAGGUUCAAAAUGGUACAGUCAAUGCUCGCACCUUUGUGACUCGCUUCCCAACUCUCAAGAACGUCAUCAUUACCCUUCCACUGGAGCACUAUAGCUAUUGCAUUUUCUGCAACCGCGAUGAGAAUAGUGGAGAUGAUUUUGGCAAUGACUUGAGAUCCACCAUUAAUACUCACAUCGACGAUGCUAAGUCUCACUUUGAAGACCUGAAGCAAAAGUUGAAGGAUGCAGGUACUGAGUGGGUUGCCCCAGAGCUUGUUUACAAGACAUACUGCCUCCGCCAACGCUGGCAACUAGUUCUUGAGGACAAGGCAUCCAAAAAUUCUUGA